UCAUGAAUUGCUGUAGGGAUCAAUUGCCUCUUCAGUCGUCUUGCCCACCGUAGCCAGCUAGGGGUGACGCGUCUGGAGGUCACGCGAAAUGCUGCCUCUUUUUCCAUGCAUGGCGCUAUUCGACUCGUUGUGACGUUUACAGUUACUGAGGCUGCAUGUCCACAUUUAUGCUGAUGAUGAAGUCGCUUGAGGAUAUAUAGUCUGUUAUUGGAUGAUUGUUUUGUUGUAAGACCGGUCUCCCUUCUUUGAUUGUGCAGUACCGCGAAUUAGUGAUGAAUGAGGACCUAGCGACAUGGUUUAGCACAGUGCUCAUCAUGCAGACGAGAUUGGUGUAGAAAGAAUUACGGCUCCUAACGUGCCGGAAGUUGACAGAGGCUUCGGGACGCCUAGUUUUGUGCCGCCCUGUUGAAUUUCCUGGAUUGAGGAGUUGGGUUUGGUGCAAGAAUACACAGAGAGUGCCCAAAUGGCGAGCUGGACAGUGACAUUGCUGGUGGGUGCAGCUGUUGCAGUGGUGGUUACUAAUCUCGCGGCGGUAACGGAUGCAGAGCUGCAAUACGGGUACUACGAUAGGGUGGGAUGUUUUGGGGUGGAGAAUAGAGUGCGAACUCUGGUGCGGAGGAGCUUCAUCGCUGACGUUACAGCUAGUGCAGCCAUGCUUCGCCUUGCCUUUCAUGACUGCCAAGUUGGGCCGGGAGGUUGCGAUGGCUCAAUCAUGAUAGAGGGCAAUGGAGGAGAAAUGUCGUCUGGGAACAAUUUUGGCGUCAAGCGCCUCGACAUCAUCAACUCUGUGAAAGCCGAUAUGGAGAAGAUGUGUCCGACCACAGUUUCAUGUGCUGAUAUCAUCGCAAUGGCGGGACGUGACGCUGUUGCCUUCAAUGGCGGCCCUGACAUCAAGAUUCCUCUAGGCAGAAAGGAUGCCGUUUCCUCAAGCGCUACUGAAGCAGAUGCUAAACUUCCUCCAGCCACCUCCAGCAUCGACAGGGUUUUUAAUGUCUUUGGCGCAUUCGGCAUGACUCAUGAAGAGAGCGUUGCCAUUUUAGGUGCGCACACCAUUGGUGUGGGGCACUGCAAAAGUAUUCAAGAUCGUCUGCAAUCCAACAGCCCAACUGCUCCAAACAGCUUAGUUUUCCGUACUCAACUCACUGCAGCUUGUGCAGUGAAUGUCUUCAACAUCGCCGUUCUGACCAACGACGCCACUCAGUUCACUUUCGACAACCAGUACUUCAAAGAUAUUCAAAACGGACGUGGCCUCUUCACCGUCGACAAUCUGCUCAGCAUCGAUCCACGCACUGCUCCUAUCGUCAACACCUACGCUGCUAACAAAGGUGCCUUCUUCGCGGCAUUCCAAUCGGCGUAUGUGAAACUGACCUCGCGAGCACUGAAAGGCAAUCAAGGAAGCGUAAGAAGCACCUGCCUGCAUUAAGCGCUAUGGAAUUCAAACCCUAAUACGUUGAAUCACUCGAUCCGAAUAAGCCGCGUUAGACAAGCAUUUUCAAAUCUCCUGUCAAUGCCUUUCAGAAUGGAUCAUCAGUUUGUUGACAAUUAAAAAUGAAGAAUCAAUAACAAUGAAGAAUCAUAACAAGCUGGUGACGAUGACAAAACGAUGAAGAAGUAUGUUCAUCAAGUUUCGGUAUAUUUGGAACAUAUUCCCGAGAAAUUUGUUAUGUAAUCUAGCGCUUAUUGUGUAAGUGUUGUGAUUCUUGAGAGGGAUUCAACCUUGGAGAAUGAUGAUAGCUUGCUAUUGAUUCCUUCAUGUUCCUAUCCGUGGUCUACUGCGAGGCUCGAGUCUACUGGUGAUCCAUGGGGCGACGAGCUUAUGGGAUUGCUUACAUCUUUGUACCGAAGCUUCUCUGAUUACAAUAUUAUAGUUAUUUCCCUCUCCUUGAUAACAUAAAA